AUGCCUCCUCUUCCAACUGUAGCAAUAGCCGGCGCGACUGGUAAUCUCGGCGCCAAAGUUGCUGAGGGGUUUCUCCAACAGCCAUUUCGCGAUAGGUUCCAUGACAUCAUAGUCCUGGCACGCUCCCGGUCACCCAAGGCCGAGAAUCUCGUUAAACACGGCGCGUCAUUGCGUCUGUAUACCGAGGAUACUUUAGAAGAGGCACUAGCUGGAGUUGAUGUCUUGAUAAACACUGUAGGACCCAGUGGCCACCACUUCAAAGAGAGCCUUCUUCGCAGCAUUCCUGCUUCCGGCGUAAAGCUCUAUUUUCCUUCCGAGUUUGGUGUUGACCACUAUGUGCACGACUUUGCACACGAAGAAUGGGACGCUAAGAAGGCGCAUUUCCAGCUUGCAUCAGAGCUCAUCCCCGACAGAAGCAUAUGUCGCGUCUAUGCUGGCCUAUUCCUCGAGGACUCAAUCGGUCCAUGGUUUGGUUUCGAUACCAAACGCGGUAAAUACGAGGCCAUAGGAGACCCUGCGCAAAAGACUUCGUACACAAGCAUGUAUGAUGUUGGUAAGGCGCUCGCCAUACUCGCAAGUCAACCAGUCGGUACCAUACCGCCUGAGGUGCACCUCAGCGGCGCUAGCAAGUCUAUGGCUGAGAUAGCAGAGAUCAUGGAAGCGAACGGGGCUGGCCGCAUCCAAGUGACGAGUGUGCCGCUUGAAAGCUAUAAGGCCAGUGUCCUAGCGAAGCCAUCCCCUACGCCUGAGCGGUACCUACGUUUCUUAAUGGGCGAGGGCAAGAUCCAUCACUCUACUGAUGGUAUAGGUAACCAGAAUGAUCUUGUGCAGGUAAAUGGAGGUUUAUCGACAUGGAUGUCAAUGUCUGAAUUGGCAAAAGAGACGCAUGGAAGGCCAUGGGCCGAAGCGGAUUGGGAGCUGGUUAACUAG